CGGUCCCGGUCCACGUUCUUCCGCUCCCGGGUCCCCGCUCUUCCGCUCCCGGUCCCCGCUCUUCCGCUCCCGGAGUCCCCGCCCACAGUUCAAACUGGGAAAAUGGCGGGGGCGCCUGAAGCCCUGGUUUUCGCCCCUCCACCAGAUGAGGAGGUGGCGGCCGGGACAGACGCCCUGGCCUCGGUCCCCGCCGCUCCCCGAGAGGACUUCCGGGUGCUCUGCACCUCGAAACGGGCCGUGACGGAAGUGCUAGAGCUGUGCGGCCUCUUCGUGCAGAAGCUCGGGGAUGCGCUGCCGGAGCAGGUUCGGGAGCCGGCGCUGCGGGACGCACAGUGGACUUUUGAGUCAGCCGUGCAGGAGAAUGUCAGCAUUAACGGAGAAGCGUGGCAGGAAGCAUCAGAGAAUUGCUUUAUGGAUUCAGACAUCAAAGUACUUGAAGACCAGUUUGAUGAAAUCAUAGUAGACGUAGCCACGAAGCGUAAGCAGUAUUCCAGAAGGAUCCUUGAGUGUGUCAUCAAAACCAUAAAAGCGAAGCAAGAGACUCUGAAGCAGUACCACCCAGUCGUACAUCCAUUGGACCUAAAACGUGACCCUGAUCCAGCAUCUCGUAUGGAAAAUCUGAAAUGCAGAGGGAAGGCAGUAACUAAGGAGAUGAGUGAAGCCAUGAAGUCUUUGCCUGCAUUGAUUGAACAAGCAGACGGAUUUUCCCAAGUUUUAAAGAUGCAGCCAGUUAUUCAGCUCCAGAGGGUCCACCAAGAAGUCUUUUCCGGUUGUGAUAGGAAACCAGAUGUUACACCCGCGAGUUUUAUAACACAAAUAGAAACCACACCGACAGAGACUGCUGGCAGGAAAACCACUGACGUGGUACUGAAAAGAAAGAGAACUAAAGACUGCCCCCAGAGAAGAUGGUAUCCAUUGCGGCCCAAGAGAAUUAACCUUGAUACAUAGACUCUCUUGUUUAUCUUGGGAGCUGAAAGUAGAUGCUAUCAGACAGAUUACAGCCUCAACAGGACUUGAUUGAAAACAACAGAUAACUCUUGAGUGAUUGGUGUGUACAGUUCUCCUUGUUCUGUGUGGGGAUGGGAUGUAACCGGUCCAGCUACAGCAGGGGAAAAGCAUACUUUUUUAGUCUUGGUACAGAAACCAUCCUUGGGGGUUAAGGAUGCAGACUCUUACUGUCCUUAAAUGCCACCAACUCUUGGCUGCCUUGCAGCUUUUACGGAAUUUCAUGAGUGAUGUAUUCUGUUGGUUUCCCUGAUAUGCAUCUUUAUAAAAAAAAAAAAAAAAAAGAGCUUCGUAAGAGUUGUCUUUAUUUCAAGUGCUGAAAAGUAACCAUCACUUCUGUACAACAGCAGAUGCAGAUUUGGGGUUUUUUUUUUCUUUUUAGAUGCAAUUUCACUUAUCAAAUUAAUGUGCAAAUAACAAGAGCAGCUUUGAUUUUUGUUACUCCAAGUUCAGCUAAUUUGAAUUUGUGGGGUUAACUUUAGGAUUUUCUGGUUUUGUUUUACCUUUAAAACUUAAGAAUACUAGUAUUUGUGCACUUAUUACUCUUACAAAUAAAAUCGAUACAUAGCCA